UGGAGCUUCUGAGAGGACUUGUCCGAGCGUAGACGCAGCCGCCUUCAGUCAUGGAACCCAAGCGGAUCAGGGAGGGCUACCUGGUGAAGAGGGGAAGCGUAUUCAACACCUGGAAACCCAUGUGGGUUGUAUUGUUAGAAGAUGGAAUUGAAUUCUACAAGAAGAAAAGUGACAAUAGUCCCAAAGGAAUGAUUCCCUUGAAAGGAAGCACCCUGACCAGCCCUUGUCAAGACUUUGGCAAAAGGAUGUUUGUAUUUAAGAUUACUACGAACAAACAGCAGGACCACUUCUUCCAGGCAGCAUUCCUGGAGGAGAGAGAUGGCUGGGUUCGAGAUAUUAAGAAGGCCAUUAAAUGCAUUGAAGGAGGCCAGAAGUUUGCCAGGAAAUCCACCCGGAGAUCCAUUCGACUGCCAGAAACCGUAGACUUAGGUGCCUUGUAUUUAUCCAUGAAAGACACGGAGAAAGGAGUAAAAGAACUGAAUCUAGAAAAGGAUAAGAAGAUUUUUAAUCACUGCUUCACAGGUAACUGUGUCAUUGACUGGCUGGUUUCCAACCAGUCUGUUCGGAAUCGCCAGGAAGGCCUCAUGAUUGCCUCCUCGCUGCUCACUGAAGGGUACCUACAGCCAGCUGGAGACCUAUCCAAGACUGCCGUGGAUGGAGUUGCUGAAAACCCUUUCCUGGACAACCCCGAUGCCUUCUACUACUUUCCAGACAGUGGGUUCUUCUGUGAAGAGAAUUCCAGUGAUGAUGAUGUGAUCUUAAAAGAAGAAUUCAGAGGGAUCAUUAUUAAGCAGGGAUGCUUACUGAAGCAGGGACAUAGGAGAAAAAACUGGAAAGUGAGGAAGUUUAUUCUGAGAGAGGAUCCUGCAUAUCUGCACUACUAUGACCCAGCUGGGGGGGAGGAUCCUCUUGGAGCCAUUCACUUGAGAGGUUGUGUGGUGACUUCAGUGGAGAGCAACCCAGAUGGCAAGAGGAGUGAAGAAGAGAACCUCUUUGAGAUCAUCACAGCCGAUGAAGUUCACUAUUUCUUGCAAGCAGCCACACCCAAGGAGCGCACUGAAUGGAUCAAAGCUAUCCAGGUGGCCUCCCGAACUGGAAAGUGAGGGCACACCUGCAGCUCCUCACCAUCCUCUCAAGAAAACCCCGCAAAUACUCAGGGUCAGGGACCUGUCCACUUCUGGUGACAAUCAGUGGGACAUUUCCAUCCACAGGGGUUCUGGCUGUAACUAACCCCAUGCUGUGUGAUGAUCACCUGUCCUGACCACACUGCUCACUCAAACCUCACCGCCAUUCUCCAUGCCCCUCCUAGCAGAUGAAACAAGCUGUGUGGUCACAGGACACUGCUUAGCCAGAUCAGCUCCAGCUCCAGUUCCUCUUCUGCAAAACAGAAUAGAACUAGCCUCUUGCUGAGAUCCUUCCUAAUGUGAAACCCAUAAUUUCUAUAUUUUAAAACCCAUGGACGGCAUCUUUAGUUGUCUGGCUGGGCUAACUCUGGGUCUAUAGAAAAUAUAUUUCUAUAUUUUAAAACCCAUGGAAGGCAUCUUUAGUUGUCUGGCUGGGCUAACUCUGGGUCUUUAGAACCUGAGAUAGCUCUCCCCUUUCAAAUCGUUGUCAGACUCUGCUAGGAGUACUGAGAGCAAGCAUAAGUCACUCCUGUUCUCUUGCUUUGAGUCACAAGAUCAUGUAUCAAACAAAAGAAAGGAGAAUUUUCUUCUUUCCUCCUCACUGUAUUUAGAACCUUCCUGAGAGUCAGCACACACAGUCUUAUACUGGAGCCUUCUUGCACUUACUACAUUUUAGAUAAUCUGUCUUGUAGAAAUAGAUCCAAGGGAGCCAGGAGCAGUGAGGGUGAGGGGAUUUCCAGGCCUUGAAAUUCCCCAGAGUAGGUAUAUUCCACUCUCACUUGAGGCUGAUCUGGAAGGGUUUAUCUUGCCUCUUUCUGGAGCAAUCUAUGCUACUUAUCACAAUAGGGAGGGGGGAGGGUUUAAAAUCCAUCUGAUUCUGUUUCUUUUGAGUGUUGAUAGAUAAAAUCGGAUAGAGAAGUUCCUCUUUUAUGAAUAAGAGACCCGAGUGGGUUCUCCCAGUUUCAGAGUAUGUAGGAGUUGGAUUCCACAUUAGCUGAUUGAAUGAUGGGUUUAUAGAAAAAGUGCACCGAAAAGAUAUAAAUCUAGAUAGAGCUCAUGGCAGUGGCUGUCAACGCUGUUGCAGCCCUUCAAUUCUCCCAUCAACAACACUGUCAUGAUCGCUGUUAUUUAAGCACAAGAUCUAACAGUUUUUGCUGAGCUUCUCUGGGACCUCACUGAUUCUUUACCAACAAGAGUUAGCAGAUCUUCAUUAAAAUGAACUAUUUACUUCUUAUUCUUGAUCCUGCCAACUCAUUAAUGAAGCUAAUCCAAACUUGAGAAACAAGGCACCCAUAGAACCAGGUAUAUGUGUGAUGGUGUAUUUUCCAAGUAUAGAUUUACGAUUUUAAGCUCUAGUUCAGCAAAUUAGAGUGAAAAAUUCUUCCUGAUUUUAUCAAUUCCUUUUUCUUUCUCUUAAAUCUAUGCAAUAUCCACAAACCCAUUUUGACUCCCACAUUCAUCAGUGCUCUAGAGGUAAAAGAUGAUCUUCUCUAUUCUUUGAUAAACUGUCUUAUUAGAACUGCAGAGCUGUUUUCUAAAUUCAGUGUUAAAAUAUUUAUUAAUAUGCAUUUUUUAAGGUUUUGAA